AUGACAGAUCUUGAUAAUACACAAAUAAUAUCUGCUGAUGAUAGUCUCUUACAAAAUUCAUCAACUAUUGAUACUGAUGCUUCGUUAAAGAUUAUUAGUGGUGCUGAUUCAAAUACAUAUCAAAUAGGAAAGGAAACAAUUAUUGGUCGAUCAAAUCCAUCAGAUAUAAUUAUUUCUGCUCCGUCUCUUUCUAAGCAACACGCAAAAAUAACCUUUAAUAAUGGACAGUAUUUUAUUACUGAUCUCGGUAGUAGUAACAAAACAUUUCAAAAUAAAACUCAACUUCAACCAAAUGUUUGCUAUGCAUUACAUAAUGAUGAUGAAAUAAAAUUCGGUGAUAUUGUUUGUUCAUUCCAAGAACAAAUACAAACAAAUAAAAAUACAAUUUCUGAUCCAACAUAUCAAACUUAUAUACCUGUUACGAAUACGUUAGUUGAAGAGGAUUCACCAUGGCCUUUGGAUGAUGAUAUAUCCCCAUCGAUGACUCCAGAAACAAAUAUUGAUGUGAUUCCAUCAACACAAACAAUAUCUGAUUCAUAUGAUGAUCAAGAACCAACACAACCAAUGAAAAUUUGGAAUGGAAAUAGUCAUAAUACAAAUCGUCUUAGUCGAACAAGUCUAAAAAGUUCUGAUGAUGUGACAUCAAAAUCAAAUGGUACUAUUGAAUCAUCAUCAAAUAAAUCUUCAUCAUUUAUUUCACCCUCAAUAUCAAAUAAUGAUCAUGAUGAUGAUAGUUUAGUUAUUGGUGCAUCAACAUUACCAGCAACUGUCCCAUUACUUAUUGAAUCAACACAAAUAAAUAAUGAUGAUCAACUUGAAAUUAUUUCAUCAUCAUCACAAACAAAAAAAGUUAUUGAAGAUGAUACAAAUACAUUUACAAUUGAAACAACAACAACAGAUGUUGAAAUUGAAAAUACUCAAGCAUAUGAACUUGAGCCGACUAGUGAAAUUAUUUCUUCAGAUAAUCAGAUAGCAGAUACUCAACCAUAUGAACUUGAAGAUGAACAAAUUGUAACUGAUGUAGUUGAAACAAAACGUGAAGAAAUUCAUAAAAUUGUUAUUAAUGGUGAUGCAAUGAUUGAUCAAGUUACAACAAAAACAACAACGACAACAACAACUGUUAUUGAAAAUGGUAAUCCAUCAACAGAAACAUUAGCAUAUGAACUUCAACCAACACUCGAAGAAAUUACAACAUCAACAACAAAAACUACUACGACCGUUAUUGAAAAUGAUAAUCCACCAAUGGAAACAUUAGCAUAUGAUCUUCCAUCAACAAAUGAUCAAAUUGAUCUCGAUACAGCUGCACCUGCUCUAUGUACUGAUACACAAGAAUAUAGUCUUGAUGAAGAACUUGAUAAUUCAUCACCAAGACCAGCAUCAGAAACUCUUGAAGUUGUUCCAGCUUCAGAAUUAGCUGAACAACUUGAAAAUAUUGAAAAACUUCCUGAUGAUACAUCAUCAAAACAACAAGUAGAAGUUACUAUUGAUCCAGCUAUGAUUAGAGAAGUUGCCACACAUGAACUUAUGGAUACAAAUCAAACAGAACAUUCAUCAACACUUAAUAGUAAUGAAUCAGAAACGAAUAUAGUUGAUAAGCAAGAAGAAAAUGAAACCAUUCCAAUUAAAAAUACUGAUAUAAUGCCGGUUGAUGAAGUUGAUAAAACAAAUUCAGAAAUUCAAUCAACAAACAUGGAACAAGAGACAGCACCUGAUUUAAAUAAAUCAUUUACAUCUACAUCAGUUGAAUCGAAAGAAAAAAUUGAUGAAUCAAGUCCUGCUUCAACACCUGAAGAAGUACCUUUAUCAAUACCUGAGAGUGAAGAAAAUCAACAAGACGAAGUUGAUGAAGAAGAAGAAACUGAAGAAUCAAGUUCGGUUUCAACUCGUGGUGGUCAACGUGGUGUUCCUCGAAGAGCAGGUCGUCGUGCUCGAGGUCGUCGCGGUGGUGCAACACGAGCUCGUGUUGUUAGUACAAGUUUACAUCGUGGUCGUCGUAAUGUAACUGUACCUUCAACAAUGGAUGAUGAAGCUAAUAAUGUUACACUAGAAGAAACAGUAAAUACUGAAACUGAAGAUUCACCGAAAAAAUCUAUAAAAACUCCUGAUGUUGAACAAAAACCAAUUAACACUCAACCAACUACUCCUACUACAGCUGAUGUACCUUCUUUGCCUGAUCAAGCAAAUUCUAGUUCAAAUGUUCGAGUUUCUGCUCGAAUCAAAGCUCGCGCAUCAAGUGGUCGAAAUCGACAAUUUCCAUAUACAGAUGAUUAUGUUGAUUUAGAUGAUCUUGAAAAACAAUCUAAAACUCCUAGUGCAUCAACAUCAUCAGCAUCAACAGCAGCACCAUCAGCAACAACAGCAGGUCGUAGAUCAACACGUGGUGGACGUAGUUCAUCCGCACCACAAAAACGUAUUAGUCUUCGCCAACAACCUAUUGAUACAGCAGAAAGCCCAGAAGAUGAAACUAAAAAACAAAAAGAUAAUGCGGAUGUUUACGAUCAAAUGGAUACCGGUGGUGAAAAUGAAGAACCAGUUCUAACAACAAAAACAGUUGGACGCAAAAGAAAGAGUACAACACCUGUUGCAUCAUCUCCAGCAACAACAAAACGAACACGUCCAACAACACCUCAAACAGCACCAAUAACAAAUACACGUCGUAAACAAACUUCAAAUGUAGAUUUAUCAAUACCUGAUACUACUAUUACACCAAAACGUGGUCGAAAACCUACAAAAGUUGCAACACCAACUGAACAACCCUCAGAAGAACAGACUUCAGCUGAUGAUCGACCUGUUCGCAUAGCUCUUAGUAGUCAUUUAAAUUUUGAUCAAAAUCAUUUAGCUACAUUAAAUAAAUUAGGUUUUGAAAUUAUGGAUGAAUCUUGUCAUGUUGAUGCACUUGUUGUUGAUCGUAUAAGACGUACGAAAAAAUUUUUCAUGUGUCUUGCACGUGGUGCACAUAUCUUAUCGCCAACAUGGAUUGAAGCUAUGAUUAAAGAAAAUCGUUAUAUUCCAUAUGAUAAAUAUUAUUUAGAAGAUACAAAUGCUGAAACACGUUAUGGUUUUCAAUUACGUGAAAGCGUUCGUCUAGCUAAACAACAUCCAAUAUUUGAAAAUUAUAAAAUCUUUUGUACGAAAGAUACAUCACCACCCUAUGAAGAUUUAAAAGAUAUAAUUGAAGCAGCUGGUGGAAAAUUUAUUGAAAAAAUUAAUAUGAACAAACCAGGCAAAGAUUUAAUUUGUAUUGUUGCUCAAAUACAUAAAAAUGAAUAUGAAGAAUUAUAUAAAAAAGGAGUACCGAUUGUUAGUGAAGAAUUUGCUUUAAGUGGAAUAUCCAAACAAAAACUUGAUUUUGAAACAUUUUCAUUAUUUCAAAAUGCUGCUACUUCAGUUAAAGCAACUGGAAGUAAAUAA